GCCGGCUGCGCUCGGGCCGCGAGGAGGCGGCGCAUGUGGGCUCUCCGCUCGUUGCUGCUGCUGCGGGCCGCGGCCGGGCGCACCAUGUCGCAGGGGCCCGCCCGCCGCCCGCGGCCGCCCAAGGACCCGCUGCGGCACCUGCGCACGCGGGAGAAGCGCGGCCCGUCGUGGGAGCCCGGGGGCCCGAACACCGUGUACCUGCAGGUGGUGGCGGCCGGCGGCCGGGACGCGGGCGCCGCGAUCUACGUUUUCUCCGAGUACAACCGGUAUCUGUUCAACUGUGGGGAAGGCGUCCAGCGACUGAUGCAGGAGCACAAGCUGAAGGUGUCACGUUUGGACAACAUAUUCCUGACCCGAAUGCACUGGUAUAAUGUUGGCGGGUUGUGUGGAAUGAUUCUGACUCUAAAGGAAACCGGGCUUCCAAAGUGUGUGCUCUCUGGGCCUCCACAACUGGAGAAGUAUCUAGAAGCUAUCAAAACAUUCUCGGGGCCAUUGAAAGGAAUAGACCUGGCCGUGCGGCCCCACUCUGCACCAGAGUACAAGGACGACACAAUGACCGUGUUCCAGAUCCCCAUUCACAGUGAACGGAUCAGUGGGACGCACCAGAGCCCAGAGCGGCUGAGCCCAGAGCGCUCUCCGGACGCUGGAUCUGCUAAAGGUGUUGGCCAGAGGACACUUGGCAGGGACCCCUCCUUGGUGGUAGCCUUCGUCUGCAAGCUCCACUUGAGGAAGGGAAGCUUCUUGGUCCUCAGAGCAAAGGAGCUGGGCCUCCCAGUCGGAACAGCUGCCAUCGCGCCCAUCAUCGCUGCUGUCAAGGAUGGGAAGAGUGUCACUUACGAAGGAAGAGAGAUCUUGCCUGAAGAGAUCUGCUCGCCUCCGGAUCCCGGGAUCGCUUUUGUCGUGGUGGAGUGUCCAGACGAGGGGUUCAUUCAGCCCCUCUGUGAGAAUGCCGCCUUCAGGAGCUACCAAGGAAAGGCUGAAGCCCCCGUGGCCCUGGUGGUUCACAUGACUCCGGAGCAUGUGCUGCUGGACAGCAGAUACCAGCAGUGGAUGGAGAGAUUUGGGCCUGACACCCAGCACCUGGUCCUGAACGAGAACUGCACGUCGGUCCACAACCUCCGCAGCCACCGGAUCCAGGCGCAGCUCAACCUCAUCCACCCUGACAUCUUCCCUGCGCUCGCCAGCUUCCGCCCGCAGGAAGGGAGCACCGCGGCCGGUGUGCCCAUGGUCCGGGGCGAGUGUCUGCUCAAGUACCAGCUGCGGCCCCGGCGGGAGUGGCAGAGGGAUGCUGUUAUGACGUGCAAUCCCGAGGAAUUCAUAGCCGAGGCCCUGGAGCUGCCCAACUUCCAGGACAGCGUGCGGGAGUACCGGAGGGCGGCGCAGGACGGCCCGGCCCUGGCAGAGGAAAGAAGCCAGUACCCAGAAGUCGUCUUCCUGGGAACAGGGUCCGCGAUCCCCAUGAAGAUCCGGAAUGUCAGCUCCACGCUUGUCAACAUCAGCCCCGACACGUCUCUGCUGCUGGACUGCGGCGAAGGCACGUUCGGGCAGCUGUGCCGCCACUACGGGGAGGACGUGGACCGCAUCCUGGGCACCCUCGCUGCCGUGUUCGUGUCCCACCUGCAUGCGGAUCACCACACGGGCUUGUUAAACAUCUUGCUGCAGAGGGAGCGAGCUUUGACAUCCCUGGGAAAGCCGCUCUGCCCUCUGCUCGUGGUCGCCCCCGCCCAGCUCAGGGCCUGGCUCCAGCAGUACCACAGCCAGUGCCAGGAGGUCCUGCAUCAUGUCAGUGUUAUUCCUGCCAAAUGCCUUCAGAAAGGAGCCGAGGUCUCCAGCCCCGAAGUUGAAAGGUUGAUUAGCUCGCUGCUGGGAGCAUGUGACUUGGCAGAGUUUCAGACCUGCCUCGUCCGGCACUGCAAGCACGCGUUCGGCUGCGCUCUGGUCCACUCGUCUGGCUGGAAAGUGGUCUACUCAGGGGACACCAUGCCCUGUGAGGCUCUGGUCCGGAUGGGGAAGGACGCCACCCUCCUGAUCCACGAGGCCACGCUGGAAGACGGUCUGGAAGAGGAAGCCGCGGAAAAGACACACAGCACGACCUCCCAGGCGAUCGGCGUGGGGAUGCGCAUGAAGGCGGAGUUCAUCAUGCUGAAUCACUUCAGCCAGCGCUACGCCAAGGUCCCAGUCUUCAGCUCCGACUUCAAUGAGAAAGUUGGAAUUGCCUUUGACCACAUGAAGGUCAGCCUGGGAGACUUCCCAACGGUGCCCAAGCUGAUGGCACCGCUCAAGGCCCUGUUCGCUGGCGACAUCGAGGAGAUGGAGGGGCGCAGGGAGAAGCGGGAGCUGCGGCUGGUGCGGGCGGCCCUCCUGGCCCAGCAGCCGGACGGGGGCCCCCGGCAGAAGCGGGCCCCUGUAGAGCAGCCCCAGAGCCCCCUGAGCAAGAAGGUCAAGGUGCAGUAGCGAUGCAGGUGGCCUGAAGAUGGGCUGAGGCUCCAGGCGGGGACUGAUCGGUGGAGAACGGCCACGCUGGCUUUGCAGACGUCGCCUGGAGAAGAACCGGGGAGCACUCACAGCUGCCCAGCCCGCCCCCGGGGGCGCUGGGCCAUGGGUGUGAAGGCGCCGAAGUGAAGAGUCCAUCUGGAACCUGAGCACUUGGCUUCGUCCUGGUGCCACCGCUGAGCCAGAGUCGCUGCAUCACGCUGCCAGGUACCCAGUGUCCCCAAAGAGCCGCCACCCCUCAGCAGCGGCUCCGGGAACUUGAGCCUUCCUGUUGCUCGGGGCUGUAACGAGACAAGACUCACUCACUGGGCGUCCGGCGUGUCGGGACCGCGUGGGCGGGCUGCUUCGUCCUCCCUGGAUUCAACAACAGAGGUGAGGGGCUGAAACUUGAGUUUUCAAAGAUGCAGCUCACAUUUGCAUAAUCUUCCCUCCUGCCACCCGGAGAAUGUAAGCUGUAACAUCUCAGGCGGUGAGAGACACGGACCGAGGACGGGACCGGCCGUGACCUCGAGUUUCCUCAAGUCCCGCGUCCCCGAGAGCUUGUUAGUAAAACAGGAAGCUAGGCCACGCUCAGGGAUAAUAAAUCUAUUUUAAUAACAUUA